UAAGAAAUGCUUCUUCAUCACAAUCGGGGUUCUACAUCAUAAUGGCGUGUUGCUGUACUUCUGCUGAUAAUAAGGUUAGACCAUUCAAGGAUAAGGAAGAAUCCUUGGAUGAUGGACCUAAUAAGGACAGACAAUGUCGGGAUAUCAUCUUUCUUCUCAUCUUUAUAGCAUUUAUGUGUGGAAUGGUAGGAAUUGCAUGUCUAGGAAUAGUCCGAGGAGAUCCCUAUCGACUUAUCUAUGGUGUGGACAGCUGGGGUAACACAUGUAACCGUAACAAUGACCCCAUUACAGGUGCCAUUCAUUCCGGGAAGGAUAUGACUGACAUGAAGAAGUCCUUUUACUUCGACCAAAUGUAUUUUGCAAGUUAUAUUCCAAACGGCCCUGUAUUACAAGAGAAGAAAUACUUGAGGACUUGUGUGAAAAGCUGUCCUGGUCAACUCCUGCAGUUUGAGUCUAGUUUCAAUGAUUACUAUAACACAACUGGAAACAACUUGUGUCGCCAUGGUGUCGUUCCCUAUGAAGAUGUGAGAGACAAAUGUCCAUCAUUACCCAUAACACCACAUGUGAGCCUUUUUCACCGCUGUAUACCAAAAAAUAUUGCUGACAUAGCAGCUGCAAUGGCAAAGUCAUUUACCAAUGUCCUUGGUAGUGUCAGCCUUGGAGAUGGCAUUCCUCAGAAAAUCCUGUCUGAUCUGAAUACAGCAUGGAAAGAAAUACUUUAUCUGUGUGGGAUAGCAUUUGCCACAUCCUUGCUGAUUGUCAUGAUGAUGUGGCUCCUGGCAGCUAUAAUCAUCUGGACUAUGAUCAUUGCUGUUUGUGCCUUCACACUGGGUGUUAGUGCCUACUCUUGGUACUCCUACUAUGGCUUGUAUAAGGAUUAUAAUGCACUUACAGCAGCUGAACAGACAGAAGCAGCUGAGCAGAAAGUACAGACAUGGCUUAUAUACUCGGGCAUAGCCUCUGUGAUCACGGCUAUUGUUCUGCUGCUUUUGUUUAUUAUGAGGAAGAGGAUUGCUUUGGUUGUGCAGUUGUUUGAGGAAGCUGGGAAAGCUAUCAAAGCUAUGCCAUUACUCCUUCUUCAGCCAAUGUGGACACUGCUGGCAUUAUUAGGGGUAGUUACCGGCUUGGCUGCUGUGGCUGCCUACAUAGAAACCUCAGGUAUACCAGUAGUGGAUGACACCAAUAGUACUGUCACCUUCCAGUUUGAGGAACAUUGGAAUUAUGUGCGAUGGUACCACUUGUUUGGACUGCUCUGGACAUCUGCAUUUGUGAUAGCCUGUCAAGACAUGGUGAUUGCUGGGGCUGUUUCAAUAUGGUUUUUUACUCGAAACAAGAACAAGCUUGGUAUGCCAAUAUGUUCAUCAAUUAAACGUCUCAUAAGAUACCACCUAGGGUCCAUUGCAUUUGGGUCAUUUAUAAUAGCCUUAGUGAGAUUACUCCGGCUCAUCCUGGGAUAUAUUCAACGAAAACUUAAAGGUCGAGUGGGAAAAGUGGCAGAAUUUUUAAUGAAAAUGCUGCAAUGUUGUCUCUGGUGCUUUGAGAAAUGCCUUGCCUUCCUCAACAGAAACGCAUACAUAGAAAUAGCUAUCUAUGGGUACAGCUUUUGUGCAUCUGCCCGGAAAGCUUUAAUGGUUCUCCUAGCUAAUGCCUUGCGAGUAGCAGCCAUCAACUCCAUCGGUGACUUCAUUCUCUUCCUUGGCAAGAUCAGUUGUGUGUGUAUAGUGGCUGUUGCUGGAAACGAGUUCCUCAAGCAUCGAGAUGACAUCAACUAUGCCUGGGCUCCCAUAUCAGUAGCCUGUGCAUUUGCCUUUGCAAUAUCGCAUUGCUUCAUCUUAGUUUAUGAGAUAACUAUUGACACCAUCUUCCUGUGUUUCUGUGAAGACUGUGAAAUGAAUGAUGGAGUCACCAAACCAUUCUACAUGAGCAAGGAUCUUAUGGUGUAUUUGGAGAAAAGCAAACAGGAAGCUGCUAGAGAAGUCAAGAAAAAGAAAACCACAGAAAAGACAACAGUCUAAGUAGAUUUUUUUUGGUACAUUAUAUGCGUAAUUUUACCUUGUAAAUAUGGAACAAAUUGAAAAUAUUUGUCAACUUUGUUUUGUUGAAGUUUUGAAAUAAAAAACAAAAUAUCAUA